AUGAGAGAUCCCACUAUCGAAAAUAUUGUGUUUCGAGAAGAAGCGAUUUUGGAAGAACUGAAAAGCUUGAAGGAAUGUAAAUCUCCCGGUCCGGACGAGAUCCCAGCAAAGCUGCUCUUUGAGCUUGCCCAUCAGCUGGCCAAGCCACCAUCCUUUCUGUGCCAGAAAUCGUUUGAUGCUGGAAUUCUUCCCACAGACUGGAAGACGGCCCACAUUACACCCCUUUACAAAAGCGGUAGUCGUGCCCUGGCGACAAACUACAGACCCGUCAGUCUGACAUCAAUCUGCUGCAAAGUGAUGGAGAAAACCAUCAAAAAGGCUUUGAUGGUUUACUUGGAAACCCACAACCUUUUGUCUAAUGCACAAUAUGGUUUCCGUAGGGGAAGAUCAUGUGUUACGAACUUGCUAUACACAAUGCAAAGUUGGACACGAGCACUGGACGCAAAACACACCGUGCAUGUUGCCUAUAUUGAUUUCCGGAAGGCGUUUGACAGUGUUCCGCACCAGCGUCUCCUACACAAGUUGAGAAUUAUGGGCAUCGGUAGCAAGCUUCUCAAAUGGAUCGAAAAUUUCCUUGUCGGCCGCUCCCAAAUUGUCUGCGUAGAACAACAGCAAUCAAGGUGCACCUUCAUAGAGAGUGGGGUCCCACAGGGCUCGGUGCUCAGACCAACCCUCUUUCUCUUGUUCGUCAAUGAUUGCGUAGAUGGGUUGGACUGUGAUUGUGCCAUGUUUGCGGAUGACAUAAAAAUCUGGAAAGUCAUCCAGAAUGCUGCCGAUGAGAUCAACUUCCAAGAAAAUCUUUGUCGAUUGGACGAGUGGUCCCGCAGAUGGCUCUUGUCCUUCAAUUUGAACAAAUGCGCCAUUCUGCGCCUCGGAAAUCAGACCCCUAGUACGCGGCAAUACCAUCUGAACGGAAUGCCACUCCGAGAAGCAGAAACUCAGAAAGAUCUCGGAGUUUGGGUUGCAGACAGCCUAAAGCCUUCUACACAAUGCUGUAAGGCGGCCAAGGCCGCAACGUCAAUGCUAUUUGCCAUCAAGCGGGCAUUCGUAGUUUUCGAUGAAGACUGCUUCACCAAAGUCUUCGGCACGUUUAUAAGGCCCCAUCUCGAAUAUGCAAUUCAGGCCUGGAGACCGUGGACUCACCAGGAUUACGAUCUGCUCGAAAGGGUGCAGAGACGAGCAACAAAAUUAAUAAGAGGUCAAAGUGCACUACCAUACGAGAUCCGCCUAACUAACCUUAAUCUCUAUCCUCUGAGUUAUAAGCAGUUGCGCGGAGACAUGAUACAAACUUUCCGUAUCGUGCGCGGCUUGGAUUGUGCCCUUCAGCGCGAUGACUUUUUCCAACUCGCCAUUACAACUCACCUCCGGGGACAUCCCUUCAAGCUACGUGUGCCACAGGGUAGACUGAAUGUGAGAAAAUAUUUCUUCUCCAACCGUGUCGUGGAACGGUGGAAUAACCAGCCCGAGACGGUUGUUAUGUCUCAAUCUGUGGAGACAUUUAAAUGUAGCCUUGACAGAUAUAUGCUGCAGCAACAAGCGGACUAUGUGACUUUUUAG